AUGUCGGCUCCACUGCUGCUCUGGGUCAUCCUCCUCCACUGGGCCACCAGCAGGGGCUUCGUCCGGGGGGGCAGGACCUGGCAGCACUGCACAGACCUGCGCCCACUGGACAUCCUCUCGGAGGUGGUCCCCGCCGACAGGCUGGCCCGUGGCAUGAGGGUGUUUCAAGUGCAGGGGGUGCGCGGCUUCCAGCUCGCCGCCUCGCGGCCCCGUGCCCUGGGCUUCCCUGCCUCCCGGCUCUUCAUCCACUGCGACCGCUUCCCUGAGGAGUUCUCCAUCAUUGUCACGCUGAGGGUCCUCAGCGUCCCCGCCAAGAGAAACGAGUAUGUCUUCACGCUGAUGGCAGAGGAGAGCCCCAGCGUGCUGGUGGGGCUGCGCUAUGCCCCCGACAAGCUCCACUUCCUCUUCUGGAGCCAAGAGCACACCGGCGGCUGGCAGACCCGCGUCACCUUCCCCAACGUCUCCCUCUCUGACAACCAGUGGCACACGCUCGUCCUGGCCGUCUCCGGCCAGUCCUUCUCCUUGACGGUAGACUGCAGCAUCCCCAAGGACGUGGUGGUGGAGACGCCAUUUCCAGCCUCUCUGUCGGUGAAGAGAGCCAGCUUCUACCUGGGCAACAGGAGGAGAAGAAAAGGCCUGUUCACGGGCUUGCUGAGACAGCUUGUCCUGCUGCCAGGAGCCGAUGCCACCCCUCGGAUAUGCACCACCAUGAACUUUAAAGUAGCGACACUCUCUGUCCCUGCUGUCCUCCAAGAUCUCCCUGUGAAGCCAGCGAGCAACGAGGUGCUAAAAUACCCCUACGAGACCGACACGAAGGUGACCCUGGGGUCCCGUCCACCCUGCACCAAGCAGGAGAAGGCGCAGUUCUGGUUCAACGCCUCCCAGCGAGGGCUGUACCUCUGCAAUGGCAGCGCCUGGAUUUCCAUGCUGGAAGUCAAACAAAGGCUGGACUAUGUGGAGGAGUACCAGAACCUGGUGACCAACUCUGAGACGAUGGGAGUUGAGGUCUUCACCAUCCCAAAGGUGGGACUGUUCGCAGCCACUGCCAACCGGUACACCCCCCCGGGAUCAGCCAUCUAUAAGUGGACUGAUGGGAAGUUUGUGCCCUACCAGAACAUCCCCACCUACCAAGCUCAGUCCUGGAAGUAUUUCACCAUAGGAAAGAAGAUCUUCCUCGCAGUGGCUAAUUUUGAGCAGAAUGACAGCGGUCAGGAGUUCUCUGUAAUAUACAAGUGGAGUCGCAGGAAAAAGAAAUUCAUCACAUACCAGAGGAUCACCACGCACAGCGCUAGGGACUGGGAGGCAUUUGUCAUUGAGGGGGAGGCUUUCCUCGCAGUGGUCAACCACAGAGAAGGGAAUAACCACAACAUAGACAGCGUGAUAUACAGGUGGAACCCCAGGACAGGGUUGUUUGAAACCAACCAGACCAUCCCUACCUCUGGAGCCUAUGACUGGGAGUUCUUCACCAUCGGGCCAUAUUCCUUCCUGGCUGUGGCUAACACAUUCAAUGGUACAUCCACUAAGAUCUACUCGCACAUCUACAUCUGGCUCAGUGGCUCUUUCCAGCUCUUCCAGUCUAUCCUGACCUUUGGUGCUGCUGAUUGGGAGGUCUUUCGUAUUGGGGACAGAGUCUUCCUGGCUGUUGCAAACAGCCACAGCUAUGAGAGCGGGAUGCCAGCACCCUCUAACUUCUACGCCAUUAACUCCUCCAUCUAUGAGCUGAACAUCACUGCCCAGAUGUUUAUCAAAUUCCAGGACCUCCUCACCUACAGUGCCCUGGACUGGGAGUUCUUCUCUGUGGGAGACGACUCUUUUCUGGUGGUAGCAAACUCCUUCGAUGGCUUCACCUUCUCCGUUAACAGUAUCAUCUACAGGUGGCAAGGCUAUGAAGGCUUCGUAGCGGCUCACCACCUCCCCACUGUUGGCUGUAGAGACUGGGAGGCAUUUCACACCACCGAGGGCUCCUACCUCCUCUACUCUAGUGCCAAGGAGCCACUUUCAAAGGUGCUCAAGCUGAAAACCACCUGA